GACAUUACUUCCUGGAUUUCCCAUUUCACAGUUGUUUGUGCUAGCCGAGAUGAAAACCGUUGCAGCUGUAAAAAACGAUAUGAAAAGGAAACACGCCCAAUGAAAACUAAACUGAAUGAAGGCUGAAGAAAAACUGGUCAAUCAAAUCAACAAUGAGGAUUUUGUAUUAACUAUAAUCGAGAGAUUGGGGAAACGUUGUAGCAACAAAUUACCAGCUGUCAAAUUUGUUUUGCCGUUUUUGUCAGACACGCAAGUAUUGUUCACCGUAACAAUGACAAAAUCCGACAUAGGGAUUCUCUGAGUGGAGAAAAUUCGUAUACAUUUACCUUAAUAACAACAAGAUAACGUUAACUGCUUUUGACUUGAGGGUCAAUAAACAACAAUAGUCAAUAAUGUCAAAAUAUACAAGUUUUCCGGAGCCAAGUGACGACGCCAAUCCAUUUCAGGAUCCUGCAGUGACCCAACACAGCAGCAAUACUGAGUAUGCCACACUGGAUCUGUACAACCCAUUCGACAAUAAAACUGGGCCACCGCCACCCUAUGAGGCCACAUCUCCGUCCGCCCAACCAGUUCCUGCUCAGACUCCACCGAGCAGGACCACGCCCACGGAACCCAGAAACUACGGCUCCUACAACUCCCAGCAAACGGCAGUGAACGCCACUACAGCGGAGCUCCUACGGAAGCAGGAGGAGCUGGAGAGGAAGGCCAAAGAUCUAGAGAGGAGAGAGAGGGAGCUGGACUCGCAUGCCCUCGGCCCCGGAGCCACCCGUCAAAAUAACUGGCCUCCCCUGCCAUCGUUCUGCCCUGUGGGACCAUGCUUCUACCAGGACAUCAAUCUGGACAUCAGCCAGAACUUUCAGCGCACUGUCACUAUCAUGUACUACUACUGGAUGUUCACAGCCUGUACGCUGUUUUUUAACUUAAUCGCCUGCCUGGCUAUGUUCUGUGUGGACCCUGCAAAUGGGGUCGGGUUGGGCCUGUCCAUCCUCUGGGUCCUUCUUUCUACCCCCUGUUCUUUUGUCUGUUGGUACAGGCCUGUGUACAAAGCCUUUAGGACUGACAGCUCCUUCAACUUUUUUGCCUUUUUUUUCGUAUUCUUUGUGCAAGUUAUCAUCUAUGUCAUCAUGACCAUUGGAAUUCCCGGUUGGGGUUUCAGUGGGUGGAUUGUGAGUCUGGCUGCUCUGAAGACAAGUGUGCCUGUUGGGGUGAUCAUGAUGCUCAGUGCCGUCCUCUUCACUGCCCAGACCGCCAUGGGAGUAGUCAUGCUUAAGAAGAUCCACUCAAUGUACAGGCAGACCGGUGCCAGCUUUCAGAAGGCUCAGGCCGAGUUUGCCACUGGAGUUAUGUCCAACCAAACAGUGCGCCAGGCUGCUGCCAGUGCCACUACCGGUGUCGCCCAAGGGGCCUUCUCUGGCGGUCGGUAGAUACGGGAAGAGGGCGGGAGCAGGGCAGGUGGCAGACUGUUUGGUCAGGCAAGUAAAGGGGGGGAGGAGACAUGUGUGCCAUAUAGAGACAUUCAAGGCCUGAUGAUGGAAGUACAUGUAUAGGAUAUGAGACCAAGGAAGGGUAGAAAUAACUGGCUGAAAAUGUCUGUGACAAACGAGAUGAGGCAGUACAUUUAUUUUCCUUUUUCUCUAAGUGCCCUGGGUUGCAAAAUGUGAUGGGCCUGACAAAUGUGGUUGGUGGGGAUAGAGAACUUGUAAUAAUGUCUAAAGAAUACGGCUGGUCUGGUCUAUGUGUAGUGAAUAGCUUGGCCAAGAAUAAACUGAAGUGAUUCUAUUAACAUUUUAAUAACAGCUGAAUGGUUCAUUUGUCUGUGUUUGGCCCAUGCUCUUGUGUUGCUUAUGUGAGCUCUAACUCAAGUUGUUUUGAUAUUUGAAAUAUGUAAUGCCUAUUUACACUACAUUUGCCAAAAUCAUAACUGGAAUUGAUGGCUCAUAUUUUGGUUGUGACCUUUCGCGGAUACUGUUGUUGGUGCUGUCUGUUUACAUGUAGGCCUAUUGGUUUAAAUGAAAAUAAAUUGUUAUGCUGAAA